AUCUUGAGCAGCUCCCGGAAGUUGUCUCGGGAAUUCGUUUUUGUCAUAGAGACCCGAUGUCCACUAUUAGGAACAAAACUUGAAUUGAUUUCUCCAAAUUCCACUCCAUAAUCUGCUACCAUGGCCACAGCCUCAAGGAAGUCUGUUUUGCAUUUGGCAACUUUCAUCAGGCAAGCUUUGCUAACUGAUGCAGCUGUGUUUCAUACCUGUCCCAAAUCUACAUAUUCACCACUUCCUGAUGACUAUAACUGCAAAGUGGAACUUGCUGUGACAUCAGAUGGAAAGACAAUUGUUUGCUAUCACCCUUCGGUGGACAUUCCAUAUGAGCACACAAAACCCAUUCCACAACUAGAUCCAGUGAACUAUAAAGAAGAGACACAUGAACAAGUCCUGAAAUCUAAAUUAGAAGGAGAGGAAUUCUGCAAUGAGAAUGGGCCCACAAUUGAGACACUUAGUAAAAUGUUUUAUACAACCAAACAUCGCUGGUAUCCUGUGGGACAGUAUCACACUAGACGCAAGAAAACCAAUACUCCCAAAGAUAGGUGAAAUUACAUUUGUCUUUACCAUCAUGGAAAACCACUUUCUAUAGAUGAAAGAUUCAUUAAAAUACUUUUUAACUAAAA